UUUUGUUAAAAACAAAGCACUGUCCGGCAGGUCGGUAACAUUUAACAGCAGGCGUCAAUUGCUGGCAUUUAAUCAUAAAUAUCCAAACCAAGUGCAUCGUCCUCCGUAAAUCGUAUCAAACAAAAUCAAUUGAUUUAUAGUUUAACUUUUAAUACUUUUUUUAAAAAAAUUAUUCUUGUAAUUUUUUUUUUUUUUUUUUUUUUUUUUUUCAAAUCAAACCCGUAAAUAGUGAGUCAGUGUUGUGUAUCGUUUAAAAAAAAAAGGUGGACGAGAUGUCUACAUCUAAAUACACACUGGACGAAAGUCUUGGCGAAUCAUGGGUAGAAUUAAAUGCGGUACCACUAGCUGAUAGAAUAACGCCUUUGCCAUUUGGAAGUGGUGGUGAGGAAUAUCUUCGUCUACUACGAGAAGCCCAAAGGGAUUCCACACAUUCAUCAGCAAGACAUUCUCUAGCUUCAUCACGAAGAGACACACCCAGAGAUAGUCCCAAGAGUCCACCCAACAGUCCGAAUACCGAGCGAUCAACCGACGACGAUCUCAAAGGAGUCUAUAUAAAUUACAGCUGUGCCAAGGAUGCUGGUGAGUUGUUAGUCAAAGGAUCAGAUUGGAUGUAUGAUGACUGGUGUUCACGUCCAGAUCAAAUGCCUCCAAAGGACUGGAAAUUCAAACACCCACUGGGUAUGACCAAAAGGAAAACUUACAGCAUUCGUACAGCUAAGGUUGGCAAAAAUGGGCUUUUCUCCAAGGAAGUUCUCUACACAUUAUUCUUGUCUAAUUUGCUGUCACUUAUCAUUGGCACUGGGUUUGGAGUAUGGUUGACCAGACGAGGACUUAUGAUGACACGCGUGGCUAUUGAGUGAGCUAGUCAAUAAAUACAUCGUACAUCACGAUUAAUUAUAAGAAUGACAAGAAUGAGUACUGAGGUAGAAGAAAGACUGAAGAAAUGGAUUAUUGGAGUGAGCCUAAUUUAAACGAGAAAAGUUAAUAAAUAAUGAAGAUUCAAUUACGUACACAUCACGCUGUUGUCCACUAUUUUAGCUACUUUACUGACGAGGACAGAUAUAAUAUUAUAUACACACAUAUAUAUAUUUCUGAAGUUUAAAAUAAAUUUUCUACCUUUGGUACGAUAGCUGUGAAAGAGUCUAAGUGAUAUUAAAAGUACGAGAGUGGAAUAAUAUAGUGUGAGCAAGUCCAUUUUAUACUAUUUCUAAAAUAUUUCUAUCUAUGUUAGAGUGUAGAUUUAUUAGUAUAUACUACUGAUGAUCAAAGAGGAUUUGUUUUUUUUUUUAGUUUCGUUUCUUCAUAAACUAUAAAUAAAUUCGUCCAUCAUUAAAUAUGUAGUCGAUUUUUAAAUUUUUCUUUCAUUUAUUUUCUCUUUCAAAGAAUAUUUAUGAAGGAAUUUAAAUAUUAGACACAGUGAUAAAAUGACAAAAAAAGUAUUUAUGAAUUUAUUUGAAUGAGAAUAAAAUUUAAAAUGUCAUGAAUAAUAACAAUUAUAAAUAUCAGAGUAAAUUUAAAUAUAUUGAUUAUUUAUUGUCAAUGCGGCUCCGUACUCCAUAGUCGAUUGGAUUAACAAAUAUUUAUAUUAAUAUAUAUAUAUAUAUAUCUAUAUAUUAUUAAUAUUUAAACAUAAAUAUGAAAAACAUUCUCUCAGCGAUCAGAUAUUUCCAUUAUUUUUAAAUUAAGUAUAUAAUCUACGGUAAUUGUAAUGUAGGCAUUAUUUACGCUGAAAAAUUAUUUUAUUUAAUUGUGUAUUAAAUUGGCCAUUUCGCAAUUAAUGUUUCAUAAUAAUUAGUCAUAUCAAUUGCAUAAAUUAAUAAUUUUAUAUAUAUUAAUCACACAAUUAUUAUUUUUUUAAUUAACUAUCUUAUUCAUUAUUGACCCAUAAAAAUUACUUUAUUACUAUUGUAUUUGUGUUGUUUAUAUUCUAAUAACUGUAAUCAUAAUAAUUAAUAAAAAGUUUUAUAAAUUUA